GGCUAGUGCUAUAAUUGGUUUUUUUUUUCCCCAUCCCAAACUACGGCAAGAGCGCAAGACACAGCCACUCGGAGUUCACCCCCUCUGUUCGUUGGGGCAGACAUGAACGUUGGUGGACUAUGUUCUUCAAACUUCUCGCCCACUUGUCCUUUUCUCUUAAAAUUAAAUCACCUUAAAUUCAAUUUCUCCGCGAAAUCGAAACAUAAUCUCUUAAUUUGGCGCCGCUGGAAUGAUGGUGUAUGUCUGUCUCUGCCGCCGGUGUCAUCAGACGGUUGCCACAUAGUUGUUGAGGACGAUCUCGAUUCCUUAUUGGAGAUUCUUCCGUGUGAUCUGCGUGGGAAUCUUUGGAAUGAUCCAAAGAGGGCUCAGCUCGUAGAGGUUAUACUGGACUUAGGUCGUCUUCCGAAAGCACACUAUCUAGGUGAACUUGGUGGGCAGAAUCUAAGGAGUAGAGAGGUGUCACUGGAAGAGUUGGAAUAUGUGCAAAAUGCUAUUGGAGAAUUUGGAGAGGACAAUAGAGCUGGCAUUGAGGGUACCAUGCACAGAAUAUCUGCUAUUAGGAGUCGGAAAGGGGCAAUUAUUGGUUUGACUUUCCGAGUAGGUCGGGCAGUGAGUGGUCAAAUUGAUAUGGUUAAUGAUCUUCUUCAUUUUGGGAAGAGCAUUUUGUUUGUUGGAAGGUUCAUUCUCGUGAAAAUUUCUUUUAAUCGUUUAAGGCCUGGGGUUGGCAAGACGACUGUUAUGCGGCAGAUUGCUCGUGUAUUGUCAGACGAAUUCAACAAAAGAGUGGUUAUUGUCGAUACAAGCAAUGAAAUAGGAGGAGAUGGGAAUAUUCCACAUGCAGCGAUUGGAGGUGCCCGGAGAAUGCAGGUUCCAGAACCAUCAUUGCAACAUAGAAUCAUGAUUGAAGCAGUAGAGAAUCACAUGCCUGAGGUGAUCAUUGUUGAUGAGAUUGGAACAGAAGCUGAGGCUCUUGCUUGUCGUUCAAUUGCCGAGAGAGGCAUUAUGCUAAUUGGGACAGCACACGGGGAGCGGCUUGACAAUAUAAUAAAGAAUCCUGCUCUCUCUGACCUGAUUGGGGGAGUAGAAACUGUUACUUUAGGAGAUGAGGAAGCCCGGUCUAGGAGAACUCAGAAAAGCAUACUUGAAAGAAAAGCUUCCCCAACGUUCUAUUUCUUGAUCGAGAUGAGAGAGAGGCACUGUUGGGUUACACAUCAGACAGAGAAGAGUGUAGAUAUGCUGCUGCGCGGCAGAAGACCAUUCGUAGAGGUGAGGAAGAGGGAUGAUCUGUUCAAGUUAGUAAUAGAAAGGUGGAAGACGUAUGAUGGGAACAACAUCUAAUUCAGGACUCAGUUUUCUUAGUUUGAUUAGUAGACUCUAGUGACUUGAUGUGACAGAAUUAGAGGCUUUACUGGUCAAAAUUAGCUGUUUUUACCUUCUGUUAUAAAUUUCAUCACGUUUUUCGUAAUGAUUGAUUAGUUGUCAAUUUUAGCGGUCUUUUUACCUUCUGUUCUUAUAAAUUUCAUCAGUGUUUUCCAUACAAUGUUAAUGAUUUAUUUAAGGCACUAAUAGCCACUAGUAAGAAUAUUUGCAUUGGAUUUAUCAAGAAACAUAGUUUGAGGGGA